GGGGGAGAAAAGAAAUUAUGGGAAGGGAUGCAGGUUUCUCUUCGUAUUACCCAACCUGCGGAUUCCAGGUGCGAACAGUUCACUCCCAGCGGCUCCACAGCGUCCACACCCCGUGUUGUUCCGAUUAUCUUGGAGCAGGCAGUGCUAUGGCCACACACUGCACACACUGAGUAGGCAUCAAUGCACCAACACAUUGUGUGUUGCAACAAAAUUGAGGCUGUGUAGGGUUGUGGCAAACAAAGGAUUAACGGAGGGAAGAUAUCCAAGGACUAAAUACCUGGUGUUCCAAAAUGAGCCCAGCCUUGUUACCUGAAGAUCACAAGUUGGUGUUUCCCCUCCUCCUCCUCUUCCACGUCCCCUUCACGUGUUUAUCUCAGUCAUCAUCAACAAGCAACAUCAGUAAUGGGACAUCAACCACUUCCUCCUCAAACUCCACCUCCCACAAGGCAAUUCCAGGCUGCCGUCCAGGACUGGAUCCUCUGUAUAGGUACCUGUGUGACCGCAGAGCAAUGUGGGGCAUCAUCCUGGAGACCCUGGCGUCCUCUGGGUUCCUCUUCAGUAUGGUCCUCCUUUUCGGCCUCCUUCUCUGGUCCCUGUGGAUCUGCGUCUCCUUACGGCACCAGCGCAGCAAUAUCGGAGGCACAUUGGCAUGCACGUCCAUGUUCCUGUUGGCCACAGGUGGCAUCUUUGCCAUCACCUUCUCCUUCAUCAUCCAGCUCAGCCCUCAGACGUGCCCCACCAGGCUCUUCCUGUUCGGCGUCUUCUUCUCCUUGGCUUUCUCCUGCUUGCUGGCUCGCUGCCUCGCUCUGAUGGGCUUCGCGGCCGCUCGAGGAUGGGGCGAGCCCGCCAUGACUCUGGGGCUUUUCACCGUGCAGGUGAUCAUCUCCACAGAGUGGCUCAUACUGGUCUUGGUGCGGGAUAAGAAGCCCUGCGAGUACAGCCAAGAGGAGUUUGUCAUGCUGCAGAUCUACGUCCUGUGCCUCCUGGCCAUCAGCUUGAUCCUGUCCGUGCACUUCCUGUGUCGCUCCUGCUUUAUGUACAGCUACAGCUACGCGGGUGCCACCCACCAGCAGAGCAGGCAACAGGCUGUGCUCCUCUUCCUCACGCUGUUGCUCUCUGCCGGCAUCUGGGCGGCAUGGAUCGCCAUGCUCAGCAGAGGGAACUCGAAGUUGGGCCGUCGGCCGCAGUGGGACGACCCGGUGCUCGCCGUGGCCUUGGUCGCCAACGGCUGGGCGUUGUUGAUGGGACACGGCUUGUCGCAAGUUGCCUUCCUCUGCAGGGGGGAGGCCAAAUCCAAGGAGAUCCCUCUGAGCUUUGCGGGCUGGACCAGCCCCAGUGCUGACAUCCCAGGAUUGAACAGUCCCAAGGCGGGAACAGAGAACGGAAGCUUCGAGAACGAGCCAGAAAACAGAAGAGGCAGGCGAGCUGAUCCAACACUGCGAUCACCCUACGAGUCCGGAUUCUCUAUGACCGAAAUUGACCCCAAUAAAGAUUACACGAUUCCUCGCCCUCAGAGCACCAACUACAGAGAACCAUAUGAUGAAUAUUAUGGGCAAUUUUAAAAUCGCUCUCUUGCACAUGUGCAAGAAACGUAUGCUCUACUUGGCACAAAAACAAUUCAUGUAUUUCUUGAUUGUAAAUAUUGUGUGAUAAAAUACAACUGAAAUACAGAAGGUACAGUACUAGUACUACUAGUUAGUGCAGUAUGCUUGUCUUCUUCAGGAGCACUGCCAAUGUGCUUGCAACCCUCAACCCUAAUUUGGUAAAUGCCACAUGCCUCACUAUAAGAUUCCUGUUAUUUCCACCUGUCAAUACAAAAAUAAUGAAUAAUAACAAUAUUGGUAUACCAUUAUUGUAAACAAUGAUAUUUAUUAUAAUCUUUCUCCAGUUCAAGUAAAAAUAAAAAAAAUCAUGUCGUGCACUAACUAUACCAGUUUGAGAUCGACAGAUACACAUCAAGCAGGCCUAUACAAUCUAUUCGAGCAGUUACAGUGGUUCUGUGUGUGUAAUGCAUGCAAAACUACAGCAGUACGUAAAGCAAAUUUCGCCACAGAGAUGAGAAAAAUCCAUCCAUUUUCUACCGCUUAUCCGGGUCGGG